AUGGCAAGUUUUGUUAAUUGUGCUCUGUUUUUAUUUUUUAUGGCUUCUGCUGAAGUUGAUAUGUUAUCUCAUGGUUCUAGUUCAUCAGUUACUCAAUCAGUUGGAAUUAUUAUUAAUGAACCAUCAAGUUCUUCUGUUGGUACUCCUAGAGUGUUUACUUCAUUGAGUCCUGGCGGUACUAGAGAAUGGAUUCCUUCUUGUUCCGAGGAGUUAAAACCUAUUGUCGGAAUGAAUUUUAAAGAUCCCGAGGAAGGUUUAUCCUUUUGUAAAGCUUAUGCUACUGCUUCAGGUUUCACUUCUAGAAAAAGUACUACUACAAGAAGGAAGAAGACUGGUGUAGUUGCGUUCCAGUAUGUUGUAUGCAAUAAAGAAGGUUUUAAGGCGUCUCGUAAGCCUGUUGUGGAAGCUCUUAAAGAUAAAUCAGACAAGGCUCGUUCUACACGAAUGCGAAUGCUUACUCGUACUGGUUGUGGUGCUCAAAUGUGUAUGAAAAACAUUAAUGGAUCAUAUGUUGUGACAUACUUCAAAGAAGAACAUAAUCAUCCUCUAUACACUCCUGGUUGUGCUAAAUUUCAUAAGCAUGGGAGGAAAAUGAGUAUUUUGCAUAAGAAGAUUAUUAUUGAUAAUUCAAAGGUUAACAUUGGUCCAGUGAAGUCCUUUAGAAUAAUGAAGGAGUUAACUGGAUCAUAUGACAAUGUUGGUGCAUCAAAGCAAGAUUUCAAAAAUUUUCAGAGAGAUUUGAAGGCAUUAAUUGAAGGAUCCGAUGCACAAAUGUUUAUCAACAAUUUUCAGAAUAAAAAGUUAUUAUGGAGUGCGUUCUUUUAUGAUUAUGAGUUAGAUGAAGAAGAUCAUCUCUGUAGAGCAUUUUGGGCAGAUCCUAUUUGUAGAAAGAAUUAUGCUCUUUUUGGAGAUAUGGUUUCAUUUGAUACUACAUUUAAAACAAAUAAGAAUGUUCUAUUCUUUAUGCCUUAUGUUCUAAACGUUUUGUUCUUAUGUUCUAAACUGUUCUAUUUUUUUCCUAGGUACAAUAUGAUAUUUGGGCCAUUUACUGGAGUUGAUCACCAUAAAAAGUGUAUUACCUUUGCUGCUGCCCUUAUAUCUAAUGAGGAUAUAGUGGCUUUUGAGUGGGUUUUUAAAACAUUUGUGAAGGCAAUGGGAGGUAAUGCGCCUCUCUGUUUGAUUACUGAUGAAGAUCCUGCAACGAAAGUUGCCUUUCCCAAAGUGUUUCGGUCUACAGAGCAUCGGCUUUGA